CUUCCCUGACUCCUCCUCUUCUUCCUUCUUCCCUCGUUGUCAUGGAAACUUGAGUGCGACUUCCUGCUUCUGUCUCGCCCCCAGGCUGGUGCCCUUGGGAUCCAGGUCCUUCUUCCCUAUAGUUGCCAUGGGGACCUAGGGCUCACCCUUCCCCAGUCGUUGUCAUGGAAACCUCAAGCUAAGCCUAAGUCCCGACGCUUCCAGGGAGCAGAAAGGGGACUGUAGUCAACCCCCUUGAUUCGCGGACUCCAUUUCCCCAGAAAAACCCUGCGAGAGGGUUAAAGGCAGGCCAGAAGUUCCCGCCGCUAGACAGCGACAGCAUGAGGCCCUGGACGCGGAGUUUCCGCUCUCUUCCUCUCGGGGCCCUGCCGCUGAGACAACUAUGCGGAGCGUCACCCCCAAGCUCAAGGGCUCUAAGGCCUGGUCCUCCUUUUGAUCAAAGAGGCUGGUGGGUGUGGUAGUCCACCUCAGAGAUUCUGGGAUUCGUAGUCUGGUGGCAUCUCGAGGCACAGGCGCAGUACAUCAUCGCAAGGCUUGGCCCCAAGUGCUUUUGCCCCGCUCUGCCGGUACCGCCCUGUUUGCACACAGUCAUUGCAGGAAAUGUUGGGGGAAGGGGUCCUGGAGGCCCAGCUCCCCAAGGCCAAGGCUGGAGAGGCCAAGGAAGGCUACUGCCUUUGGGGGAGGCCACCUCAAGGAGAGGCUUUCGGCGACUGGCUACCCAUGGAAGGCCUGCUGGCUCUGCCUUCUCAGGACUUGGCCUUGCCUGAAGCAGGCAUCCCACAGGAGGUGGGAGAGGCCCUGGGGCGGCUGACAGCCACACCCCAGGAGCCCGUGACCUUCAGGGACGUGGCCGUGGACUUCACCCCCGAGGAGUGGGGGCAGCUGGGCCUUGCUCAGAGGCAGCUGUACCGGGAUGUGAUGCUGGAGACCUACUGGAACCUGGUCUCCCUGGAUCAGGAGUCAACUCCAAAGCAAGGCUUUGCUGAGGAAGAGGAUGAGCAGGGGAUAAUCACGGAUGGACCUUGGGUCCAAGCUGGGAAAACCUGGGAGGAAUGUGAAGACAUGUUGGAGAAGCAUCAUAAGAAACAAGGGAGAGACUUUCUGAGGAAAAGACUGUUGCCCUAUGAAGGGAAUGACCAAGAAGUUAAAAACUGGGGAGGAGCCUCAGUUUGGGAUUACUUCUCAUAUGCAACCAAAAAUUCUAAGGGGAAAGACUUCUCAAAUAUGGAAUGAACGUGGGAAGAGAUGCAAACAAAAUACAGACCUAAUGAGUCACUGAAAUCUAUUCAGGAAAGAAGUGUCAUAAAUGUCAUUACUGUGGGAAAAACUUUGCCCGGAUUUCACACUUUACUGAACAUCAGAGAAAUCAUACUGAGAGAAAC